AUGGCUGGAGCUUCGAUGCAAAAGAACUUGAGAAACCUGAAGAUCACUCCAGCAGAAAACUCACAGCGUUCAACAAGAAUAAGUGCUGAUCUCCGUGCAUUGGAUUGUGCAUUGGAACAGACCAGGAACUUGCUGGCUGAGAAGCAGGCCUGCUGGAAGCUACCUGGGAGUGAUGAUGGAUGCCAAGUUCAAAAUAUUUCAUCUGGAUAUAGGUUAUUUUUUUCUUUCUGUGCAGUUAAUUUUUGUGACGACAGUACCAGCACAGUGAACAUUUCUGCAAGCAAUAGAAAACCCCUUACUUUUGAACGGAUCAUAGUGGGUAAGUAUGGCAACUCCAAAGAAAAAUGUGAACCCGAGGCUGUGAAUGGUAAUGCUUCAAUAGCAAUCCAGAUGUGCUCCAGAGAAGGGAAAAAUCCCACUUUAAAGCCCCGCCAAAUUCUGAAUUGUAAUGAAAAUCUGGACUCCUUAGUAGCACAGGUAAUAUUAAAUUACUAUUUAAACAGUGUUUCAGCUAUUGCAAGUAACACUCAAAUCCUCACCUCCAUGUCAGACCAACUGACCACACAAAACUUCACUGCUGCUGCAAAUGUUGCAGUGCAGAUUAUGGAAAAACUAAAUGUUUCAGAAGACUUUCAGGCAUCUGUGGCAGUAAUGGCUACGGUGAGUAAACUCUUGGAUGCCAAUGAAACAGGAUUCAUCCACAGUAAUCUUGUCAGUGUUACAUCAAGCCUCACAAAAACAGUGGAGGAAUUUUCUUUGACUGGCAACAUCUCACAGCCCAAUGUUGCAAUCCAGUCUGCUCCACUGAAAUUAAGCUCCUCUAUGAUUCUGUUUUUGGCACAGAGAAAUACAGCACUGGGAAAGUGCCAGUCAACAAAACUAGAAAUACAGGAAAAUGUUCCUGGGCUUCUUAGUGACCUCAGUAAUGAAGUUCAGAUACUUUUCAACGUUUUAAGUUCAUCAGACAAUGGAAGUGUUGGAUUUGUCCUGUAUCAAAACUACAAACUCAUCAAGUCAAGGAUUUAUCAGAGUUGCAAUAGUUUGUCUAAACAAAUCAUCUCUGGCAACACUGAUGGUGAAAGAGCGAGAGUUGGAAUAGCCUUCGGUCCCAAGUACAACACAUCUGAACUGCAGCUGCGUGAUCAUGCCCGUGUCUUUUGGGACUACUCUGCCAAUGACUGGAGCACUGCCGGCUGUGCAAAAGGAAGAGACCAGUUCUUGAGAUGCAGGUGUAAUCACACGACUAAUUUUGCUGUCCUGAUGGCCUUUCAGAUCAAAUAUAAAUACACAAAGCCUUUGGAGUAUAUUUCUUAUAUUGGUCUUGAUUUGUCCAUGGCUGGCCUGAUUGCUACCAUUUCAUUUCAAAUAUUCACUAGGAAAACUCGAAAGUCAUCUGUAACAUGAAUGUUAGCGAGUCUCUGCUUAAUGCUCAUUUUUAACAUCAUCUUCAUCUCUGGAAUUGAAAAUCAUAAUGCCAGUGAUACUACCAGCUACCACCAGCAAUACCUUCCUCAUGAUAACACCAGUAACACCUUACUCACUUCUGACACGGUAGAUCCUCCCACAGACUCCUGGUGUACAGCUGUGGCUGUCCUACUGUGCUAUUUUUUCUUGGCAACAUUUAUGUUGACCACACUCAAUUCUCCACAAUUGUACUUAUUGUUGCUUAGAGCCACGAAGCCGCUGCCUGGACAUUUCUUUGUAACCAUGUCAGUAAUUGGAUGGGGUAAGAUUUAAAGUUGUAUAUAUUGCAACUUUUACGGUACAGAGUGCAGUCGGGGAAAGUUGUAAAGAUAGGGGAUCAGCAGAGGGCAACUAGAAUCAGUGUCUCUGGUUUAGUGCCAUGUAUUUAAUAAUCUUCUGUUAGUGCUCACACUACUGGUAUAAACUGAGCUUUUUUUCAUUGUCU